AUGCGGGCCCUAAUCUUCGGCUGGACUGGCGAAACUGGCAAAGAACUUGUCAAGCAAAUAAAAGCUUCGAAUUUAUUUACCGGGGCUACGCUUGCAGGAAGAAGAAACAAAGGGAAAUACGGCCUUGACGAGUUCUUCAAGCAAGAAAUUGUCGAUUUCGAAAAGCUGGAUUCAAAGAUUUUCGAAGGACACGAACAUGUUUUCUGCUUGCUUGGAACUACUCGGGGAAAAGCUGGAAAAGAAGGAUUCAUAAAAGUCGACAAGGAUUAUUGCCAGAACAUUGCUCAGUUGUCAAAAGAUGCCAAUGCUUCGCACUUCCACCUUCUCACCAGUCAGGGCUCCAACGCCAACUCCUUCUUUCUCUACCCCCAAGUAAAAGGACAAGUCGAAAACUUCUGCACCGAUCUCAAUUUCCCCAAAUUGACGAUUUACCAGCCGGGCCUCUUGAUGUGCGACAGAGAAGAAUCCCGAACGGGCGAAGCGAUUUUCAGAACAAUCAUGAAACCAUUCAAUUCUAUGCUUGGCGGCUCCAGUGGAUCCAUUUCUACUGAACUACUGGCCGCUGGGAUGCUGAAAUGCGUUGAAACUGGAAAGACGGGAAAAGUCGCCAACAAGGAACUUUUCAAUCUCGGAACCGAGUUCAAAUCUGCCAGCUCCAAAUAA